AUGAAGGCCUUGGUCACCGUCGAGGGAAAGACUGCGACCGUUCAGGAAGUAGAUAUCCCGAAACCUAGCGAAGGCGAAAUAUUAGUCAAAGUCCAUUAUGUGGCCCUGAAUCCGACGGAUUGGAAGCACGUGAAAUUCGUGCCGCCUGGUCGAAUCAUCGGUUGUGACUUUGCCGGUAUUGUGGAAGACAGCAAUGGCUCCCGGUGGCGCAAUGGGCAACGCGUCUCAGGUUUUGUCCAGGGUUCUUCUGUCGAUCCGCUCAGAGGAGUAUUCGCAGAGUACGCCGUCAUCGAAGCCAGUCUGGUAUAUCCGAUCCCGGACGAGAUAUCCUAUCAGGAUGCCGCCGUCAUCCCAUUAGCCUUUGCUACGGCCGUGCAGGCAAUCUUCGGGAGGCUAAAGUUGCCCGAGCCAAGCAACCCAGCCAGAGACGCAUUCCCUUUCCUUGUCAGCGGUGGUACCUCGAGCGUUGGUCAGUACGCUGUUCAGUUGGCUAAGAUGGCCGGUGCGUUUGUGAUCGCAACCGGAUCAGCUCGAAACCACGAGCUUUUAAGAUCGCUGGGUGCCGAUGCCGUGGUCGAUUAUAAGGAUCCAAAUUGGCCAGAACAGGUACGCAAGCUCACUCACGAUGGUCUCGAAUUUGCUUUCGAUUGCAUAUCCGAGAAGGGCACACCAGAGGCUGUCGUAAAGUCGUUGUCGCCCGCAAAAGGAGGGCACGUCGUCACUAUCCUCCCCGCGAAAGAGAUCAGGAACAAGAUUGGGAGCGAAAAGGUCCAGAUAGAAAGUACCAUUGUGUAUACCGUUUUCGAACGACCACGAAGCUUCGGCACCUUCGACAACUGCGGAGACGCGACUCCGGGCGACAAAGCCUUAUGGGAGAAGUAUCUGGUCAUCCUACCGGAAUUGCUCUCUAGUGGUAAGCUCAAGCCUAACAGGGUAAGGGAGCUUGGAGGAUUUGAUGGUAUCUUGUCUGGUUUCAAGGAGCAGGAGGAGGGCAAGGUCAGUGCCGAGAAGCUGGUCUGUAAGAUUUCAUGA